UGAAUGUUUAUAGAUCAGCCAUGCUGUUGUAUAAAAGCUGGGCUCCUGACGGAGAAGCCGAGCGCUGUGAAACAACCCAAGUCUACUUUGGCGUGUGCAGUCUGUUCAGCACCAUGGAGAGCGACCGUAUAUUCGCCGCCGUCUACCUCUCUAUCCUCCUGUCCCUGGCCAGCGGUUCUGACAGCUCGGAUUUGGAGACCAGAGCCCUGAGAGAUUUCUAUCCCAAAAAUUCAUAUCCUUCCAGCGAAAAGGAACUGCUCGGAGCGCUGCAAGAAGUCUUGGAAAAGCUGCAGACGAAACGGCUCCCAGCCUGGGAGAAGAAGUUUGGACAAGUCCCGCUGUGUGAUGUUGGGGAACAGUGUGCUGUCAGAAAAGGAGCCAGGAUUGGGAAGCUCUGUGACUGCCCCAGAAGUUCUGGCUGUAACUUCUUCCUGCUUAAAUGCUUGUAGAGAACCCAAGAUAUUUGCCAAUACCAUUUCUAUUUACAACAGAUAGAAGCAGAACAUGAAGACAUCUGGUGGACAUAUUUUACAUACAAGAUAUUGUCAGUGCUCCAUACUAUAAUAGUACAUAGACCUGUUCCUGUACAACUGCUUUGUUUUGUCUGUGUUUCACUGCUCCUGGAAAGACUGAAUCUACUAUUAAAUAUGUUAUCCUGGUUUUCUAACA